CGCGACGACCUUCGAGUUUGCUCUCUGGAUGCUCUCAAGGCGCAGCAUUGCUUCUCGUUGCUCUUUGCUUCGCUGUCAUCGCAUCCAAUCACCUCGUCUCACUCUAAUCCAUCUUCGACAAGCCGCAAUGUCGUCCUCGCCAGAUUCAGUGGCAGAGAUGAUUGCCAACCUCAAACGUCUUGGGGACCUCCCACCAGGCUGGGAGGCACGAAUGACUCCUUCGAAUCGCAUCUACUUUGUCGACCAUAACACCAAGAGCACAACAUGGGCCGACCCUCGUUUGCCUCAAGCAGCGGCCUCGGCCUCAGGUAGUGUCGACGGGCAGCAACCACCGGCGACGUCCUACGAAGAAGCCACACGACAAGAUCGCAGACUAUCUUCUACCUCCGCCGGCUCCAGCUCAACAGAUCACGCGCUGCGGUACAUCUCCGCUUCAGAGGCAGCUGCAAUCGAUGAGGAGCUCAUGGCACCGCAUUCAGAGGGCGGAUGUGGGUACAUGCUCCCUCAGCUCAUGGAGAUCGCAGGGCUGGCAUGCGCACAGGCACUCGCGCGAUCUUAUCCACCGACGUCCUUCCCGCAGCUCCUAGUGGCUGCGGGGCCGGGCAAUCAAGGUGGAGAUGGGCUCGUUGCGGCGAGACAUGCGGUGCUCUGGGGAUACGAUGUUAGGGUGUGGUACCCGAAGCAGGCAAAGGGAGAGCUCUUUCAGGCGCUCCGGGAUCAGCUCGAGGCAUUCGACAUCGACUUCGUAGACGCAGACGACUUUGAUGACGCAUUUGCGCAGGCCGACGUCGUGCUUGACUCCAUCUUCGGCUUCUCUUUCAAAGGUCCGCCGCGCCCACCCUUCGCUUCGGCCCUCGAGACACUACGCGACGAGUCUCGUCUCGAAUUCGUCGAUCGCGUCACCCGCCCACCCGUCGUAUCAGUGGACAUCCCCUCAGGCUGGCCAGUGGAUGCGCCGACCACCUCUUCCUCAGAGCAAGAAGAAGCGCCAGAGCUCUCCUUCCACCCGGAGGUGGUCAUCUCUCUCACGGCCCCCAAGACGGGCAUGCGUCGCUUCCAAAGAACAGCUGGGCAAAGAGGGGAGGGAGGGCAGCCGCAGCGCCACUUCUUGGGCGGGAGGUUCAUUCCGCCGAGUAUGGCGAGAAAGUACGGCUUGCGGGGCAUGAUGCGUGGCUAUCGCGCGGACGACCAGGUUGUUGAGGUAACGGGAUGGAGGGAGGCUGAGGACGGUGAGGACGACGAAGAGGACGAAGACGAGGAGGAUGAAGAGUCGCAAUGACUGUAAGAGACUGUAGGAGGACCGCUGCUACCCAGCCAACCCACGCAUAGACGUAUACAC